AGUGACAGACAAACACCGCCCAGCUGGACUGCCAAGGAAUAGAAAAGCGAUUAGCUGUCUCUGGGAUUUCCUCUGAGAUGCGACUAUAUCUUCUGUGUUGCCGAACGAUAUUUCCGUGUUCUAGCGAAUAGUCCGGACGCUUUCGUGUUUGAAUAUUUUUGAUAAUAUUGAGUUUUGAUCAUGGCUAAUAACAACCAUAGGAAACUGUCUGCAGGCCAACGCUGCCAAAUUGGACUCGACUUCUAUGAGUUUUUGAAGGAGACUGAUCGAGCAUCCAUCAUUAACAGACUUCAACUAAGAGACAUUUACAACGAUGAUUUCAGGAGAAGGACCCCAGGGACCAAAGACCCAAACUUUGGUUCAGUCCUCUAUGCCCUGAAAACGCACGGCAAAAUAACAAGACGAAGAGACAACAUUUACUUUAACGCCUCGGUCAGAGAUCUGUAUGUGGACCAGUGGCACACACCGAGGAACUGCCAGCCACAGGCUGUGCAGAAUGGAGCGUCCAGUCCCGCGCCGGCACACACCUCCCCGGAUGAAGCAGACACGGGAGUUCGAGCCCGGAGGAAACUGGCCAGUCUUCUGAUGACCAAACUGAAGACAGAGCGAGCUCAGUUCAUCUCUGACAAACAUGGUAUCAGCAUCACCAGCAACUCCGACCAGCACUUUCAGAACGGGACGCUUAAAUUGUGUGUGGAAGGCACAUAUGAGUACACUGUGAGUCUGAAUGUGAAAAACACAGGAACAGCACCUGUGUAUUUCACCUACUACACCCCACUGCAGUGGCUCAAAUACUUAAAUCUGCAGGAUGAGCACAAAGUGACCAAAGCAAACCCUCUGACUCUCAACCCAGGUGAUAGCUAUGAAAUCAAAGUUUACUUCUGCUGCCACUGGGUUGGUUUCUAUCCAGCUACACUGGCCUUUGAAUUCAAACCAGACCUGGGGCCCUCCUCCACUUCAUUCCACAUUGUGCGCUUUAUUGAGGCUCAGUGUAUGGGUUCUUUAGGAGUGGAGCUGGCACCUGUAGCACCCUACAAACCUCGGUCCCUCCCUGCCUGGACCCCUGAAGUUAAUUGCAAAAUUGUGGAUGGGCAGCCACCUGAAGGGCUGUCGGUGAUGCAUCUACAAAAUGUGGUUCCGCUGAGAGACUAUCAAAUACCACCAGACACCAACCAGCUCAUCAGUCUACUGAAGCAGCCCUCUCCCUGCCGUGAUAGGAGAAGAGCCUUGCUGGAAAGUCCCUUGAGCUGGGAGAACUACACUGAGAAGAUGCAGCUGCUGUUGUAUCUGGAGGAGCUUCAGAUGGAGGUGGACAUCAAGAAAUACAACAUCCCCAACAAUGACAAAGAAUAUGCUACCAUGGUUAGAGACCCAGUUAACAAGAAACUUCUUGUUCUGGAGGUACCUGGUGUGUCUGAGAACCGCCCGUCUGUUCUACGAGGAGAUAAGCUGCUGGUCUGUCCCAUAGGAGAAAAAGGGGUGAAGUACUGCGGCUACGUCCACAGCGUGCAGCUGGACAGCGUCAAACUGGGCUUUUCCUCAAAAUUGCUGGAUAGCUUCAUAGAUGGCAUGAAGUUCAGUGUUGAGUUCACUGUCAACCGCCUGACUCUGCGUCUUCAGCACAGAGCAGCAGAACUAGCAGCUACAAAAAGACUGGGAAAGGUGUUGUUCCCUGCUGCACCCGCCUACGUGUCUCAACAAAUUGAGCUUCCCAACCUCAGACUGUUUGACUCAAAGCUAGAGGGAAACAAAGAGCAGUCCCAAGCAGUUCAACACAUUGUAGCUGGCUCAUCCAAACCUGCCCCAUACCUGGUGUUUGGCCCACCUGGAACAGGCAAAACCGUGACUCUGGUGGAGGCCAUCAAGCAGAUAGAGAAGACCCAGGCCUCCUGCCACAUCCUGGCCUGCGCUCCCUCCAACAGCGCUGCUGAUCUGCUCUGCCAGAAGAUUCUGGACCAUGUGGAUGACCGUAAAGUGUACCGUAUGUACGCCAGCAGCCGGGACCCAAAUUGUGUCCCUGAACAGCUAAAGGCAUGUUCUAACCUGGUAGGGGAGUGUUACACUUUUCCUCCUAAAGAGGAGCUGAUGGAGUAUAGGAUCAUGGUCACCACCCUGUUAACAGCUGGAAGGCUGGUUACGGGAGGCAUUCCUGCAGGACAUUUCACUCACGUGUUUGUGGACGAGGCAGGACAUGCUGUGGAGACCGAAUGUUUAGUCCCAUUGGCAGGGCUGCUCCACGCAGAGACUGGUCAGGUCGUUCUGGCUGGAGACCCCAAGCAGCUCGGACCCAUUCUCAGAUCACCUUUUGCGCUGAAAUACGGGAUGGGAGUUUCCCUCUUGGAGCGCAUGAUGAAUGAUUUCUCUCUGUACCAGAAAGACAAUGACGUAUUCAACAAUCGUUAUGUCACCAAACUACUGCGCAACUACAGGUCCCAUCCUGCCAUUCUGAAGAUUCCCAAUGAGCUCUUCUAUGAUGGAGAGCUACAGUGUCAUGCAGAUGAAAUACUACGCAACUCCUACUGCAACUGGCAAUACCUCAAACAGAGGGGAUUCCCGUUGAUCUUCCAUGGGGUCACUGGUCUUGACGAGCGUGAGGCCAGCAGUCCUUCUUUCUUCAACAGAGCAGAGGUGGAGGUGCUGAUGGGCUAUGUGACAAAACUGCUGCAGACACACAGCAAGAAGGGCCUGGGCAGCAUCUCACCCAAAGACAUAGGCAUCAUCGCCCCCUACAGGAAACAGGUGCUGAAAAUCCGUAAGGCCCUGGAAAAAGUUGGGAAAGACUUGAAAUUGAAGGACAUGAAUGCUCUUAAGGUUGGGUCGGUGGAGGAGUUCCAAGGUCAGGAGAGGAGAGUCAUCCUGGUGUCUACAGUUCGGAGCAGCCCCAACUACGCAGAGAUUGACAAAAAGUUCAGCCUGGGUUUUGUAAAGAAUGAGAAGAGAUUCAAUGUGGCUGUGACUCGAGCCAAAGCCCUGCUGAUUGUGGUGGGAAACCCCAGAGUUUUGAACACGGAUCCUACCUGGGCACACUUCAUCAAGUACUGUAGCGAUGAGGGAGGCUACGAUGGCAUUCAUUUCACUGGCAUUCUUGCAGAGGAAGACGAGGACGUGGUGGCCAGACUCGCUGCUCUUUUCAUCGCGAUUAAUGUUCAAGUGGAGACCGCGGAGAGUGACGUUCAGCAGCACCAAGAACCUGAGUGGAGGAACGACCUUUGAACAAAAGGAGAGUCCAAACUGCCGUCUUUAUCACUUGAAGGGAUUCAUUUUGCUUUUAGUUGGAUAUAUUGCUUUACCAGAUACCUGUAACAAAAGGUUCAUAAAAAGAUUUUGACAUUUGUAUUCAAAUUCUCCUGAAAGGGCUCAAUGGCAUCUGUCCACAUUAAAAGGUGUGACACAGCCAGUAUUCACAGGGGACUACAGAAACUUGACCAAUGACCAUAAAGGACAGAGAGGUGAUUCAUGUUUAGGGCAGUCCUUGGCUACCUCAGUGAGCUGCACUAACACCACUUUUGGUGUGGUUUAAUUGUACAACCUCGACUUUAAUCUAAAUUUUAAAUCAAUAUAUAUUGUUUUUUAAGAUGAAUUUUUACCAACCAACAAUGCCUGGCUCAGGCACCUAAAAAAUGUGUAUUGCCAAUUUUGAACAGUUUGAUAUUUUCUGAAUUUAAAAAAUGAAGCUAAAAGUGCACUCAGUGUCAAACCAAAGAUACAAAUAGUUUGGAUGAAGUUAGAAAAACACAAAUGUAAGACACUGUGAUAUCUUUUGGAAAUUUUAAGUGUGAUUUUCAAUAAACUGAUGAUAACAUCCAG